CUAGCAGAUCAACAACAAUAUAUCCUGGUGGCGCUUCUGCCUCGCCAAACCCACGUUAUUAUACCCAUUAGAAAAUGUGGUCCUAUUGCAACCCACCCAGCUCCAGCAGAGAACGCACAAUGCAUGCAUUCCCAUGAACAACACAAUCAGCAAAUUCCGCCAAUAACGCAAACUGGACAGGGACAUGGUGUUGGUGCCGCAGGACCUACGUAGCAGAGUGACGGGGCUGCUCAGCCUUCUCAGUGAAAGACAUAUAAUACUCAACAAACCCUCGCCAUGCGGUCACGGUCGGCCAUGUCUUUCAAUGCAACAACAAUUUCAACCCUCUCAAUUGCGCUGGUUAUACGAUGUCAUAUUCAGCAGCGGAAAAGCAGCGGGUCUUUCUCGCGUGCAAGCCAAUCUUCGCCGGUCCCCAGGCAGGCCUUCGGAAGUUGAAAAUCAUCAAAAAGCGUAUCGCGGAUCAUGAAAAUUUGAUUCGCCCGAUGCUGCCUGGAUUUAACCUCAAGAGGACUGCAGGAAUUGCCAAAGACCUGCUGCAACGAGAGGUGUUUCAGCUCGACAUGAAAGCCCGAGUGGAGUUUCCAGACCUGUAUGUCUCCUCGCCAGCGAAGGAAGUUCAACACGAUGCAUUUGAAGACGAAGCCGCCCGAUCUGUCGCUGAGAAAUUGAAUGACAUUGCAUCUACCUACGAGCGAGACGAGGCGCAGGACACGCAGGAAACAAUCCCUGCCCCAAUGCCGGCUGCGGCGCAGCAGCCCCCUCCUGUGGCGGAUGUAGGCGCCCAUGCCACCAUCUCUCCUGGUAACAUCUCAUCUACUGACGCCGCGCCUACCCCGCUGAUGAUUUUCUGCACAGCCACGGAGAAGACGCUGACCCCAGAGCCGCAAGCGACGUCGCCGUAUCCGUCGCUAUAUCCGUUAUAUUUCCCCUAUCACGCGCAACAUUCGAUCUUAUGCACGGUUCAAAAGACCCUAGAAGAGAGCUGCUUCGACUUUGCCCGGAAAUGGCUUCCGUCGGAACUGGAAGACCGUGGCUGGGACUGCGCUAUGGCGGUAGAGCUCACCAAGUGGACGAAUUUCCUGCCCAGGUGGUCUUCACGGCUCCCUGACGGCUCGCUACAGUUGCAAGCUGCGGAUCUCGGCGCAUUAAUGUCAGUGAUUCGCAAAAUUCGACACACUGCCGUGCACCGACUCCCGACGACCGCGCGGGGGAUCGCUUCGUUUGUCGCGUCGGCCACUAAGCUAGUGGAAGCGCUUGGGGAUACGCCGCGUCUGUCGCAGCUAGAAGAACUUCACGCGGAUAUACAGGAGAAAAUCAAGAUCAUGGAUUUGACAAAGAAUGCGCUCGAAGAUCAGCUGUCGCGGGACUUGCGAGCCAUCCAACUGCGGAGGGAGGAAUUAGAUCGACAGGAAGAGUUUCUGAGGCUUCAGACGGUGAGGAAUGACAGGGAGAAUAAAGCUCUGAUGGGGGUUUUAGUAGAGGAAUAUAUCGAGGGUCCUUUCCAUCGUAGGAUAGUGGAUGAUUCGGGUUUCGCCACGGCGGAUGAAGGGGACGACGACUAGGCCGUUGUCCAAACCUGCCC